AAAAAACAAAUCAGCUGCGGCUAGAGUCAGACAAAAAGUGAAAAAUCGUCGUGAAAAUUUGUUUAAUCGGAGAAAAAAUCGUUUUGUUCCUGAAAAAAUCUCUUUAUUGUUCAAAAAGCAUGUGUAAUAGGAAGCCCUCUGGCUAGGGCACAUUUUGCGAUAGUUUUCAUUAGCCGCGAGUCGAAAUCCUACGCGAAAAACGCCAAAAUAGUUGGGGGUGCGUCAUCAUUAAAAAAGGCUGGUGAGAUUUUUCCUACUUUUCGUCGCCCCACUCCGAGCGGAAAGCGGUUUUGUAGGUGGAAGGGCGGACUUUUAUUUUGAUAGUGUCCCUUUGAUUCGCGACUUUGUUGUGGGUGUCUGUGCCGAAUCAAAACAAAAACAGACCUCAUAUGCGGCGCCGAGAUUUCGUUUGUUUGAGUUUUGUGUUCGAGGAGAAUCACGAUGGUUUGCUAAUUCGUUGCUGCUAGUCUUCUGAGCGAGCAAACGAUGGCUUCCAAUUAGAUCCAAUUUGUUUCAAUUAUCUCGGUGGAGGCAAACUGGGCCAUAUGAAAAACUGGAGGAAAUAAAUUUUGAAUAAUCGAUACCACGGAGGCCGGAAAAUGUUUGGACGGACAGAAACCAAAAAGGAUAGCUUUUUGGAGCAUACCAAAGCCGCCCGUGAAGAACGUGCCAAUGAGCGGGCUCUAGAGGAAAAGCGAGAUAAAUCGAUAAUGCUGUUGCAGAAAAAUAUCCGCGGUUGGCUGGCAAGGACAAAGUUUCGGAAGUUGAUAUUGGAGGAAUUUGACACUCUUCUACCACCUGUUACGAAUCCUGCAAAAGACAUUGAGUUGAAGCCCUGCCUGCAAGUGUAUCAUGCCGCUUCACAUUUUAUCCUCCAGUGGAAGACUGAUUCGCCAGAGAAAUCGACCAAUUUUGAACGCCUGGAGCGUCUCUGUCGCUAUUUGACUGCUAGUCUUGAGUCGGAUUCCCCCAAAACCAGUUACAUUGGCGUAGCGCUGAACAAAGAUUACAGUCUGGCCUGGAUAAGACACAUCAAAAAGCUUUUGUAUCGCUGCUGCAUGGCCAUAGAGCAGCUUCGACCGGAAGCCCACAGCGACAGCAUAUCAUUAGCUUUAUAUCUUCACACUUUGGUGGCGUUUACUUCGACCAACAGCUGGGUUCUACUGCGGAACAAAUCUUUAGCCGGACUUAAACCAGGAAUGCUGCAACUCUGCAGUAACAUUAUGGGUGAUUUAGUACAAAAAGGCUUCUAUCUGAACCUGCGGACUGUUUUGGUAAAAGGAACCUGUCGAACAGUUAUUACGCUAAAACCGAUUUCAUUAACAGCCAUAAUGACCCUGGCCAUUCGACCUCUGAUAUCUAGCAACUUCAGUGAGAAUCUCAUGUCCCAGUUCUUGGUGCAGAUUCUCUCCGUACCUGGCAUCACGUUUCAGCUGGAACAAUUCACACAAGAAUGUCUUACCAACUUGCAAUCGCAUCAUAUCCUAGAGAAAUCGUUGGAUCUCCUUAGCACCGCAGCCACUAUGAAGUACGUGAUAAACACUCUGCAAAACUCGUACCUCCUCUCGUUGCUAUCCAACAUAGUCCAUCUCUAUUAUCUGGAACCCCCCGAGAAUGCCUCCAAACUAGCUUACCCAACGUUCACCUUCGUCGUAACGCAACUACUCAGCGGAAUCCUGCAGAGUGUCGGACAAUCAGCUGGGACGUUUACCCAGUGGCACGAGCUGCUCGGGUGGUUCACCCCCGGCAAGGAACGACUCCAAAACGAAAAUCUCCCGCUUAUCAAAAAGCAAAUCCACCUACUGUGGAACCAUCGGAUUGUCAAAUUGCUCCUUGGAGAAAACCUCAAAGAGCUAGCCAUCGGUUUUGAAACGAUCGAGUACGCGAUCCCGAGUGGUAACAGCACUGGAAAUUUGCUGAAACGGGCGUUGACCUUCGAGAGGAGCUCUGUCAAGACAAGCGGUCCAGGGGAGAAGAAGACUAGCAAGGCGUUCCGCAAGAUGGGCUCGGCGGAGAUGUCCCGUGUGGCGCUAACUUGCGCAAUGUAUCAUGCGGCACUGAAUGCACUUUCGCAGCUGAGGUUGGACAUUUUGUCUGGUUUAUGUUAUAACGACACAGUACUCCACGACCUGUGGUUACUACUUGGAUCACUGGGUCCAACAUGUGGUAUGAAAGGAUUCGUCGAACUUUUACAAAUCAACCAAAUCAGUUAUGAACCGCCUCUUCUUUUAUUAUCGUUGUUUUGUGACUGCAUGACCCACUAUGUAACAAUUUUAGACGAUCUGGAAAUGUACGAACAGCAGAAUCCUUUCACGUUGAACGACUACAUCGCCCUGUCACACUUUCUCAACACAUUUCUGUACCGAACGAUCCAGGAUCAAAUAUUCGACAUCAAAACCGUAACCAGUGCUCCGCUUUUUGUGUCUACCCACACCCUACUGCUGUGUCUGUACCGACGCGAUUGCCGUCGUUCGUUUGCACCCCAAAACCACUGGCUCAUUCGUGAUAUUCGACCGUCGCACUUCCUUACCGAUUUGGAGAAGGGCAAGAAGCACACCCAGAUUCUGCUGCAGAAAAUGCCGCAUAUCAUACCCCACGAGGAUCGCGUGCAGCUGUUCCGGAAGUUCGUACAGAACGAGAAAGCUGUUCUCGGCUUGACUGAGUCGGCUUGUGCGUCGCCGAGCUCCGCUUUGGUGACGGUCCAUCGCGAUCGAAUAGUGGAGGAUGGCUACAGACAGUUGGCUGCACUUCCACCCCACGCUUUGAAAGGCGUUAUUAGGGUGAGGUUCGUUAACCAGCAGGGACUGGACGAGGCCGGUAUCGAUCAAGAUGGAGUGUUUAAGGAAUUUCUAGAGGAGACCAUCAAGCGAGUAUUCGAUCCGUCAUUGAACCUGUUCAAAACGACCACAGAGCAGAGGUUGUAUCCAUCGCCGACUUCGCAUAUGCAGGAAAACCAUCUGCAGUUGUUCGAGUUUGUUGGAAGAAUGCUGGGAAAGGCGGUGUAUGAGGGCAUUGUGGUGGACGUUCCGUUUGCUUCUUUCUUCCUGUCACAGGUACUUGGCCAAACCCACCAAGCAUUGUACAGUUGCAUGGACGAACUGCCGUCACUGGAUAAGGAACUUUAUAGGAGCUUAACGUUUAUCAAACAUUAUCAAGGCGAUGUGGCUGACUUGGACCUGACGUUCAGCGUGGAUGAGGAUGUAAUGGGAAAGAUUGUAACACAUGAGCUGUAUCCGGGUGGGAAAGCGCGAGCCGUCAACAACGAUAACAAGAUCAACUACAUCCACUACAUGGCUUACUUUCGCAUGCAUACGCAAAUACGUGACCAGACGGCUGCUUUUAUUCGGGGCUUCCGUAGCAUAGUUAAUCCCGAUUGGUUGGCUUUGUUCUCAACUCCGGAGUUGCAACGACUGAUUUCGGGUGAUACGGCUCCUCUAGAUCUCAAGGACCUGCGGAAACACACCCAAUACUACGGUGGGUUCCACGAUGGACACCGCGUUGUUGGGUGGCUGUGGGAUAUUCUUGCCAAAGAUUUUAGCGAAGAUGAAAAGAAGCUGUUUCUGAAGUUUGUAACCAGCUGUUCCAAGCCUCCACUGUUGGGCUUUGCCCACCUCGAGCCGCCAUUCUCAAUCCGUUGCGUGGAGGUCGGCGAUGACGAGGAUAUCGGCGAUACUGUGGGCUCAGUAAUUCGCGGUUUCUUUACCAUACGGAAGAAGGACCCCCUCAACCGACUGCCGACCUCGUCCACGUGCUUCAACCUGCUGAAACUGCCCAACUAUCAGAAGAAAAGCAUGCUCCGGGACAAACUGCGCUACGCCAUUUCCAGUAAUACGGGCUUCGAGCUGUCGUAAGUCUGUCACUUUGAGUUUAUUUAGGAAAAGCUAAAUCUUUGUAAUCGAAACCGUACUAGUUUUGGAAUUUUUGUUGAUAAAAGUAUUUUUAAGGAACAAAGAAGUUAUUUUUAUAUACCUAACAUAAACGUACUGGAAACAGACAGCUAACGGGCAUUGCAGCUGAUGGCAGUUUUUUGUACAGUCUACACGUAGUCAGUUCAAAUCGAUGUCCUUCAUCCUUACAUAUUCUUGUAAACAAGGUACAUAUAUUUUUCUAUUCAGUGCUGCAAUAUAUUAUGAGAUUAUGGAACAAAUCGCAGGAACUUAUCAUAUAGGAUAACCUUCAAAAAACCAAAUGGAAUAACACUGAAAGAGUAAAAGAUGAUGUAUUAACUGUGAUAGCAAAACAUUAGUGUAAGCGAUGGACCGAUCGAAAAUUUAAAAAAAAUCUUAGGAAAUAUUCUUCCAAAUUUAAUGAAAUUGAAACAUUGAAACCUUUGUUGAGUCAGAAAAGAGCGUCUGAUUGAUUUGUACAUUCGAUUCUACAUGAGUAGAUGUUUUAAAUACAAAAACAACAUCCCAUAGGUAUCUAAAUAAUGGAGAAUUUUUUAGCCAAACCUUUUACAGGUAGGAAUUCUUUGAAUAGAAAUUGCCUCCGACAAACCAUAGUUCAAUGUGACAAAUAAAUUUCAUGGUAGCACAUAGAUAAACACCCAGAAACUUUACAAUUUUUUUCGGAUCUCUUAAAAACAAUUUCUAAAUAAAAUUACCUAUAUAAUAUAAUUUCAUUGAAGAAUCACAUAGUUUUAUUGCAUCUACCAGUUUUCCAAAAAAAUACUAUUCCACAACCAGAUUCAAAGCCAAACUCCCAUUUACAUCAACUCAUGUAGGGUCCACUGUAAUUUGAGUACUAGGUCAAUGCCCAUUCAUCCGAAAUUUGUCCUUUUUAAGAAUCUUAUCGCAUGCUCGGAUUGAAUCAGGCCAGGGAGAAAUUUUAAGUUGAACGUUUAUCAGUUUGUAAGUGGCGAUAUAAGAUGGUGCUUGAACUUCUUGGUGCGCCUGUGUACCCACAUCUAUCGGUCGAUAUUUCAGUGUCAAUGUUGUGUAGAGCUAGUAAGAACCCGUAGUAAAGUAAAAAAAAAUGUUUAAAGCAAGCAGCGAAAUCAUUGUCAGUGAUUACAUACAAGCAUAAGAUAAUAAAAAGCAAAAUUAUUAUA